UGAUAAUUAAAAUUAAACAUUGAUUAAUAAAAAAAAAAUGUGUGAACGUGAAUUACCUACAGUUGUUGCCAAUAAUUUUAUUGGCGAACCACCACCUAAGGGUUUAAGACGAGUUCAACGAAGUUAUUGCAGUUUGGAUUUUGUUGACGGACAAAAUGCUGAUUUUGAACGAGCUUUGGAAGCUGCAGGUUUUGGAAGAUUUCAUUAUUUAUUAUUAACAAUAUGUGGUUUAAUUUAUUUAAAUACUGCUGUUGGAAUAACAGCUAUAUCGUUCGUUUUACCAGCUGCACAAUGUGAUUUACAAAUGAACUCAGGUGAUAAAGGAUUACUAAUUGCAGCACCAAUGUUAGGUAUGGUUAUUGGAUCAUAUUUUUGGGGAUGUUUAGCGGAUACAAAAGGUCGUAAAACAGUAUUAAUUGGUGCAUUGUUAUUGGAUGGUGUGUGUGGGUUAGCUUCAAGUAUAUGUCAAUUUUUUUGGUUAUUUAUGUUUUUUAGAUUCUGGAAUGGCUUUGGGAUAACUGGGGCAAUGGGAAUAUGUUUUCCUUAUUUAGGUGAAUUUCAACCAACCAAAUAUAGAGAAACCAUACUAUGUUGGAUGGAACUGUUUUGGACAGUUGGAAUAAUACUUUUACCAUUAAUUGCAUGGGCAAUUAUUCCGCUUGAAUUUCGUUACGAAGAUCCAAAUUUUACAUUUGCAAGUUGGAAUUUAUUUGUUGCAAUAUGUGCAUUACCUAGCUUAGCAAUUGGUUUUUGGUUAUUCGCAUUUCCAGAAAGUCCUAAAUUUUUAUUAGAAUGUGGUGAGUCCGAAGCAGCCUUAGACAUUUUAAAAGACAUUUAUGUAAUGAACACAAAUGAACCAAGAGGAACAUAUCCGGUUCGUAGUUUAAGAGAAAAAGCCAGAGCAUUAAGUGUUAUUUCACAGCAAUCCGCUAAAAGUGUGCGCAGUCUAAGUAUUCGAAAACCAAAAGAAUUACGAAUGCUUUUACAAGAAAUUUGGAUACAAACAAAAGCACUUUGUCGACCGCCACACUUAAAAUGGACUAUUAUUACUUGCACAAUUCAAUUUGGUUUGACUACAAGUUAUUACACGUUAAUGAUAUGGUUCCCAGAAUUAUUUUAUCGAUUUGAAGAAUAUGAAAAAUUACAUCCUGGUGAAACAGCCUCAGUAUGUGAAGUAUCCCAAGUGGUUGUAACGAAUUCAACGACAGAAGAUGUUUACUGUGAUAAUGAACCGAUAAAAAAUGAUGUAUUCUUACAUACGUUAAUUAUUGGUUUAGCAUGCAUACCCACAAGUUUUUGGUUACCAUUGUGUGUUCAUCGUCUUGGUACAAAAUUCUUCCUCGUUUUCAGUUUAUUAGUUGCUGCUGCAGUUACUUUAGGCUUAUAUUUUGUUAAAUCAGCCGCCCAAAACCUAAUACUUUCAUGUAUCUUUGAAGCGCUUACAAGUUUGGGAAUUAGUACUGUAUAUUGUAUUUUAGUAGAUCUAUUUCCGACAAAUCUCAGGGUAAUGGCGGCGGCUCUAUCAUUAACAUGGGGUAGAGGUGGUGCUUUACUAGGAAAUUUAUUAUUUGGUUACCUUAUUGAUUUAAAUUGUGUGAUUCCAAUUGUGUUAUUUUCGUUUUUGUUGUUUGUGAGUGGACUGUUGUGUUUUACGUUACCGAAUACAGGGAAUCAAGCUUUAGAUUAAUAAUAAGAAUUAAAAAAAAAGCCUUAAAUAAGAGAUA